AUGACUUCGAUUGCAGUAGUGAAGAAGGCCAUCAAAAUGAUCGAAGAUCCGGAUGAGUUGUCGAAAUGUAGGGAAACGUACACGGAGGCGCGCGCUCGUCUUGCGAUAAUAAUGAGUGAGAAGCGACGCAAGCAAAAACGAGAUGGGCUCGGCGAUAAAAUUCCCGAGGAUGAAACUGCCGUUUACAAUAAAGCAUUGUGGGUCAUCGUUACGAAAGUUUUCGCAGAUCGUGAAAAGAAGAGAAAAAUGCUAGAAGAAAGAGCCAAUGAAGAGAAGUGA